AGAUACAAAAAUCUUCGUAUUCUUCUACGUUGAAUAUAAAUCAAAUUGAUGUCUAACAAAAGCACUCUGCUGUGAAAUGAACAAACAGCAACGAAAUACAAUUUGCACAUCGUACACGGCGCUCGUAUGAAUUAUAUAUUAACAUAAAACACACACAGAACACCGACAGAACUUUUAUAGGAAAUGGAUAAUAUAUGACAUACCGAAAAUACCGAACAGAAGAGAAACAAAGGCCUAAACCGAUUUGGGUCACAAAUAACCUGUUGAUAAGAUCAAAUGAAAACGAAAUCAUUUAAAAUUUCCAAGAAAUUAUUUGUUUUUGUUUUGAUCGAAGCAGAAGGCAAGGUGAGAGGGUGAGCAGACGUGAGAUUAAGAAAAAGGGAGCAAUAAAAGGAGAGAGUGAGGAAUAUGUCGAAAAAAUCCGACAAUUCGAAGGUAAAACGAAAUGUGCGAAAAGUUCGCUUUGAAUUGCCAACCACAUUGGGACUCAAUACCGAUGACAGUGCGAAAUGGAACACUGUCAAUCACAAACAAUUCGACAAGUUUGAUCAACAUCCGAAUAAGUUUUUAAUUACAACAAAAAAGGAUGUGAAAAAGGUGCAUGGAACAGCAAACUAUGUGAAUGGAACGUUGAACUUUUCGACAACUGACUAUGGAAGGAUGAUGCCGAACAGCAAUGGAAGUACAACAAAGUCACCGCCUCCAUCGAUGACAUCGAUGAGUGUAUUCACACCAAAAAAAGAACCGUUUGAAUCAAAGCCCAUCACGUUUCGAAAUCAGUUUACAAACGAUGCAUCGGCGAAAAGUGCACGAAAAAACUGUUCUAUCGAUCAUCAAUACUGGGAUAAUGCAGUGAAUCGUCGUGGCAUACUGCUGCAUGUAAGCGCCGAAAAUCAAGAGGCCAAUCGAAUAACAUUUCGCAAAAAUAAAAUACGAAGAUACACAUCAAUUUUAAUGGGUCCAACAAAUUACUUUAAACGAUCUCGAAGUCAAUCUUUGAUAAAUAAAUCAAACGUAAAACGAUCAUCCACAUCAAAUACACUGGAAUUGCCGACAAAACAACCGCAACACAAAAAAACCGCACACAAAUUCAAUUUCAAACAAAAUCCAUUCGAAAAAUUUAGCUAUAAGCUUUUUCCAAUAAAAUCAAUGCGACGAAAGCGAUGCCAAGUAAAUAAUUCCGAGGAAUCACAACCGUUUGCAAACGACUUUGAUGAACGUGCUUUAUCAAUUGUUCGAAAUGCUUUAAGCAUUAAUCCGAAUGAGCUUGAACACCAGUGCACCGGCAAACAAUUGAGCGAAAUACUUCAAUUGACACACAGAUGGCAGCCAACGACACAUUCAAUGUCCAACAGUGAUAAUGUAUCGAUACGCGAGUUCGGCAACUCAGUCGAAUUUUGCACUUUAAAAAAAUUAGAUGUGAAAAUCGCCAGCAGUGGAAUUAAAAGUGGAAGUGAAUUAUUUUAUGCGCUGCCAAAAUCAACGAAAAUGAGCAAAGACAAAGUACCAUUUGUAACGACAUUGUUGCGCGCCGCACGAAGCCAAGAUGAAGACACAAUGCGUCAUGUACUGGAUAAUAUUCUAAGAAAUGGAAUUGCUGACGACGAACUGAAUGCUGCCGAUUGCAGUGGCCGAACUGCACUGUCGUACAUGUGCUCAACAAAUACAACACAAUUUUUGGAAGCAUUACUCCAAGUGCCUGGCAUCGAUAUCAAUAAACCGGACAAUGAACUAAACUCACCGUUACAUUAUUCGGCUGAAUGUGGUCAUUUAGGUGCAAUACGAUUGCUACUACUACAGAGUAAGCUUGAUAUGGACGCAAAAAAUAUAUUUGGUUUUACACCCCUAAUGAAAGCUGCCAUUCAAGGUCACAUUCGAUGUGCCAAAACAUUGUUAUUUGCUGGUUCAUCACCAGUGGAAAUUGAUUACAAGCGACAAUUGCGAGCCGAGCAAUGGGCGCGAUUUUGUGGAAGACACUCAUGUGCCGAACUGAUUGAGAAAUGGUCACGGACCCGAAAUUUGGACAAAGAAUCCAGUACGGCAAAUAAAGAUCAAGACAUUGGUGAUUCGGUGAUUGGUCGUGCACGUGCCAAUUCAGCUGUUCCAGCAAUAUCCAAAGUGAAUAUUGCACCGAUAAAAAGUGAUAAAGGCAUUCGAUCAAAAAUAUCAAAAGUUUUCAAUUUUGUUUCGCGUGAUAAAUCGAAUAAUCAAAAUCGAAACAAUAAUAAUAACAAUAUUAAAGAUUCGUCAAGUGUAAAAAAAGGUUUUACGAUGCUAUCACGAUCCGAUGGUUUUCUCAAUAAAAGCGUUGUACGCCCAUUGGAGGUGCCAAAAUUGGAAGUGACAUCGCCACACAAUCAGGAAUUAAUCCGUAAAUAUGAAAAGCGAUACAGUUUGGGUAAUAAUGAGAAUGCAAAGCCACCAGCGUUACCGCCACGUCGAAGUUCAAAGCAAAUAUUUUAGUCGAUCCAAACUCGAAUAGCAACAACAUUUAUGUAAUAUAGUUCAUUGUUAUUGUAAUUUUUAAUUAAUUGUUUCCAUUGUGAUAAAUGGCUAAUUAUGCUUUCAAGAACAAAACAAAUAUCAUCUGUUAAAUAUAGGUUAUUAUUUCUUUUUCUACUUAAGUCAUUUUGUAAAUCCAAACAAUCCAUAUAUAUCUUCUUUUUUUGUAAUUCAAAACGCUCAUCGCAUCCUUUUCCAUGCAUCACGCCACAUUUGCAUUGCAAUUGCAUUUUGGUAUCGAUUGGAAUAUACAUUUCAAAAUCAUGUGCCAUGUACUUAAAUCAUGCAAAGAAAAUUGUUGAAAAUGUUUUAAAAAAAAGAAUUCACCUGACUCGGUAGCAUAAAGUGUCUGAAUAAGUUCAAAUUCAUUUAUACAAACUUAAAA